UUUUUUCACUAUUGUCGACAUGGAUGGUCCAGACACAGGAACCAACAGCUACCUAAUUAGACCCAAUUAUCAGCACAAGUUUAAAGCGGGAGUUGUGAAGGAAUGUAUUCGAGAGAUUCUAAGAGAGCAGCUUUCGGGAGUGCAGUAUGAUCCCGAGGACGUGCCCACCCGCACGCAGGCGCUCUCGGAAAACAUUAAAAAUAAACUGAAAGAGAUGGGUUUUGACAGAUACAAGAUGGUUGUACAGGUGGUGAUUGGAGAACAGCGAGGACAGGGUGUCAAGAUGGCUGCUCGCUGUUUGUGGGAUGCUGAUACAGACAGCUAUGCUCAGGACAUAUAUAUGAAUGACAGCCUAUUCUGUGUGGCAGCUGCAUUUGGUAGCUAUUACUACUGAGGGAAAAGAAAGACCACUAUCUG